UCAGUUGAAGAUGCAGACGAGACGCGUCAGAAGAAAGGAGAAAGGUUUUCUGUUGGAGUACCAGGAGCAGCUUCUUAUAACCACCAUCUUUGUUUCAGAGACAGAAAACUGACCUGAUCCUGUAACAGGAGGAGCUGCUGACCAACGCUCUUAACUCCGUCUGCGGCUCGACUCGUCCCUCGUCCCAAAAUGUCCUCCAGCUCUGAGACGUCAUCGAUGUCUGACCACAACAGACAUAAAGAAAUCUUGAUAUUCAUGUUCACAGCAGCUGUUAAUCUGACGCACAGGGAGGAGUGAUAAAUGUGGCGUCUGAUAGUCAAAGGACUCCUGAUGCUCGGUGUGAAACUUCAUUGUUUGGUUGAUUUCUCUGCGCUGCAUGUUCAGCUGGUUAAACAGACAUUUAUUCACCGUUCAUGUGGGGACUCUCUCCACUUCUGAUAAAGUCCAACGCCAAGAGACAGAUCUCAAACCCUCGCACUGUUUCUUGGAGUGAAGACAAACUCGAUUCAUCGAAACUGAGAAGAGCAGAGAAACCAGACGGAUGAGGCACAAAAACUGAACCUGUUCCUGGAGGGGUCAGACUUCAUGUAGAUAAACCAAUAAAUCAUAGAUCAUGGAUGAUCUCUAACCCUUCUUGGUCAGCAGUCUCAUCUUCUCUGUUGUCUCCGCCUCCUUUAACCACCUGUAGACGGUCCAGUUGGUCUUUGGCCUCGACCAGAGCGAGCCGGUUCUCCUCAAUCAUCUGGACCAGAAGGUUUCUGGUCUCAGCCGCUGCAGUGCAGACAGUGUGAGCCUGGAGAGGAGAAGGAACCAGAAAGGGUCGUAUCUGAGAGUAUUUGGAGUUUUUCAGCAGCACAGACGUGGGAGUUUAUCUGUCCGACGGUCAAACACCUGAUGGAUGAGUGUCGGCAGGAGGACGCUGCAGGGGGGCAGAGGGACGGGGGGGACGGGGCUCCUCUCGGCCUCCAGCAGCUCCGUCAGCUCUCUCUCCCUCUGAUAUAAACUCUCCUUCAGCUCCUCCAGGCGAGCUUUAGCGCCCUCCAGUGGCUGGUCUGAGUCAUGGCAGGCCUGCACAUGAACCCACUUUAAAGGGUCAGUUCAACAAAAAUCACAGCGACAUAUUUACACAUUUAAACUCAGUGAACAGGUUUGAUUGUUUUUUGUUGUUUCUAAUUCAUUAAAUCGAUUCCUUCUAUUUCCCUCUGCUGUUUCUAACCUGAUAUCACUUUGUUGGUCCUCCUGGUCUCACUUUAUGUUUUUGGGCUUUUCAUUUCAUAUAUCAUAUUCAGUGUUGCUUUGAGUUGUUCAGGUUCAGGUCGUGGUGCUGAGAUUUAUUUAUUUCUCUGUUUCUUCUGGGCUCUUUCUUUGUCCUUGUUUAUAUUCAUGCUUGGAUGUUUCAGGACUUUGUGUUUUAAAACGUGUAAAGUCAGUGUUUUUAUUAAUAGUAGUAGUAUAAUUUAUAUUCUACUGUUGGUCCACAGGAGGUUUCUGUUUCCUGCUUUAUAAACUUUGAUAAUCUGACAGUAUUUGUGUCUCGUAUUUGCUGCAGAUUACCGUCACUGACUCAAACCCACCGCUGACUCUUGCUCUCCUUUGUCCCCGGAGUUUCCACCUUCCUCCUCAGCUGCUUCCUGCUGCUCCUGCGCUGACACCAACAACAUCUCUUGGACUUUUCCCACUUCCUGUCGGGCCAUUUGGAGCUCCUGUAUCGCUGCUCAGAUUCACAGGAAAUGAGCAGAGGUAUGUGACAUGAACAGGUGAAGGAUCCUGCAGGUGUUCGUGUCGUAAAGGUGUGCAGACUCACUGGAGGCCUGGUGGCUGUGCAGGACGUCCAGCCUGUUGGAGAAAACUUCCAGCAUUUUACUCUGAAAGGGGAAAUGAGAGCAAAGUCACGGUGUCAGAAAAGUCUAAAGUUGUAUUCAAAGUGGUCACAAGAGGGCGCUGUAACACAGAGAGAGACAUGAGUAUGUAAGGCCUGCCAGAUUUGUUCCAACCUUCUCUCUGUGCCACUGCAGGGCCUCCUCUUUACUCCUCCUCCUCUCCGCUCUCUGCUCCUCCUGCAGCCGCUCGAUCUGCAGCGUCAAGGCCUGCAGGAAACACAACCAGGCGAGGACGGUUAUAUAUACGCUCCAAAGAGAAAAAAACAACAUCUAACGGCUGAGAUAUAUAAUCUGUAACAUGCACACCAACGUGACGUCACCACGAGUUAGAACAGAGUGUGCCAGAGGAGCAGGAGGGAGGAGAUCAGAGACAGAGGAGGAGAGAAAGACAGAGGAGUGAUGGAGGGAGAGACUGAAGAACAAACUCUACAGACCGAGACUCUCCUCUCCCAGUCCUCCUCCUUCUUCUCCACCUUCUGCUGAUAGACGUCCAGGAUCCUCCUCAGAGUGUUCAGUUUGUUCUGGUGGUGAGAUCUGAUCCUCUGCACGGUCCACUCCUGACCACACAGGACAAGAUUUAACACACACACACACACACACACACACACACACGCACGCACGCACACACACACACACACACACACACAGCAGAUACCUGAUUCUCUCGCGCGGUGACCUGAAAGUUCUCCUCCAGCUCCUGAACCAUCUCCAGGUGUUUCCUCUUCAUGGUCUCCAUGUCUUCAGCGAUCUGCUCAGAGGAGGAACAAAACUCAGUGUCCCGACACCGUCAGUCAACAAUGAAGCUGGAAACACGUCCAACUUGUUAACACGUUUGAAGGAACGUAAACAUCACCGCCACGUGGGAAAAAAAAACUGCCUCUGGCGUUUUAACAGAUCCUACCUGCUAAUUCAGAGAUAAAUUACAGAGAUGAACACAGAUGUUUAUGGUGGUGGAGCUACGAUCAUGAUGAGAGAUGAAAUAAUAGAAUAUCCACAAUGUUUAUCCAACUGUCUGCAUAUCCAACUGUACGCUAACGGAAACAAACGUCUGCCUUGAUUUGAUAUAACUCUUUUCUGGCGUUGGUUUUGCUGUGCAGAGUUCACCUGUUGUAGUUCAGGAGUUUUGACCAAUAAGAAUCAAGUAUCCAACACAUUCAGGUGAUUGGCUAGAAAGUCAGGUAAUAAAUGUCAAAUGACCCCUUGGUAGUCCAGAGUAGGCUUUCUCAUGGUCCUGGGUCCUGUUUGAUUUUCUGUCUUCAUUCAUUUUCUAUAUGAGAACUUAUUAAAUACCUUACUGAUACUGAUGACACCAUUAUCUGAGUUUUUACAGACUUUCAUGUUGUUCAGUCUCAUCAGCAGAAACUUAAACUUGUUUCAAACUCAGUUUUUGUUUUUCUCAAGUGAACGUCUCACCGAUCUUAACGUCUCAGAGAAAGUCUAUCGUUGUUUACUAUCAGCAGCACUCGAUCAGGUCAUAUUUACAGCAAGCUCUUCAUGGAUUAUUACCCGGUUAAAUAAAUAAAUAAAUGAUGAUCAAACGCCCUCCGGGGUCACACCAGCACCAUGAGGUCAGCAUGUGAGAGUGAGCCAGAAGAGGGCGGAGUCUCAAACAGGCGCUCUAUUGUGUGUGUUUGUGCUGUAAAAGUUAUACUCAACUGUGGAGUUCGAGUACUCUGUAAAAACUCUGAUGUGAAACAAAAGUGGACCUGUGGAAAUUUUAGUUAGCAUAAACCACACUGACCAGUAGAAAGCAGAAACAAGGACUGAACUGACCCUGAAGUAAAAGAGGAAACACCUUCUUUCUUUAAAAAGACCUGAUCAGACCGUCACGCUCAGAGAGGUCAGAGUUUUACCUGAGUGAUGUAGAGUUCAGCUGACUCAUAGGGGAUGUAGAUCUUGACCUCUUGUGACCUCUGUGCCUCUGCAGGCGGAGCUGCAUUACUGCUGUCAGACAGCUGAGACUCUGAUGAUCCUGCAGAAAUAACACGGUGAGCUCCAGCAGACACACAGAGACACAGAGGGAUGAAGAGGACACUAAAGUCAAACAUGUUCUCGUGUUUCUACAGCACCUCUGUUGGCUUCUGGUCUGGGGGGUUUCCUGCGAUCUGCUCCAAUCCAGCGUCUGAAAGCGGCCCACUUCUGUGUCCACGAAGUUUUGUGAGGGAUGACGGCUUGAACAGGAAAACAAAUGUCCGGAAACAUUUGAAAACAAGUCAGAGAGAAAAAAGAGAGGUGUGAGAAAGACGACCAACAAUCAGAGUUUAACCGUCUGAAGUUAUUCCUGAAGAUUUAACAGGCUGAGUCAUCAAAAACACACCGUUAACAAAAAAAACAUUUAAAUGAAAAUCAAAUUUAUAUAAACGAGGUUGACAGACAAAUGUCAUUGGUGAAUAUUUAGUGAUUUAAAACAUUUCUGUUGUGUUUCAGGAAGUUUUAAUGUCUUUAUUUAGACGACAAGAAGCUGGUUAGAGGAGGAGACUGAGAAACGGACCAACGAGCUGAACUCUAUUUAACUUUAAUUUCACUGAAGGGACACUGCUUUAAGAUUUCUACACCAGGAUGAAACCAGACGACUGUUCUUUAUCUUUAUCACACUUUUAAAAGGUCCAGAUCCAGAGGACACUGUUUUAUGAUUUAACUAUGGGCAGAAUUCAUCGGGCAUCCAGGGGCCUUUUUUUAAACUUCUUUAAUUUGAUAUGAUCUGUGUUCGGGACACGGUUUUUAGUUUUACUGGACAGAGGCAGAGAUACAGAUGUCACUAUUAUAUCCACUGGUAGGACAUCCAGAGAGGACUUCUGUGUAACUUCAUGAAUCAGUAAAUGUUGCUUCUUUUUUAGUUUAAUAACAAAAUACAGUGAAACAUGAGUUCUGGUGCAUCAUGUUGAACUUGUUUAUUCGGUUUAAAACACGGUUUACAUCUUUGGAUUUGAAGUCAGGUCACAGUUUGAUAUUUCAGAGUGUUGUGGAGGUUAAAAUCAGAGUUUAUUGUAUUUUCCAGAGAAGAGUCGGGUUAAUGUGCGAUGCGGAGAAAUUUCAAAAAUGCUCUCCCCUCUGAACUCCCACCCUCUCCUCUCUGAGUUUCCUCAAACAGGAAUGUGGGUGUGUCAUCGAGCUUCGACUUUCCUCCCAGAAACACCUUUUAGUGGAGAGACAGAGAUUAUGUCACAGAUUACAGAGAAAAGAGGGAUUAAAAAAACACACUGAGGUUAUUUAUCCAUCAGAGCAGAGAAAAGUUUUUAUUUUAGGAUGAGUAAAGAAAACUGCUGUUUGUAUAAAUGUGUGUGUGUUUCUACACUUGUGAGGACCACAGCUCUUCUGAGGAUAAUGUGGUUUCUGUGGACCUUUAGAAAAGUCCACGCUGACAUGAUUCUUGGCUGAACUCCUUUGAAUAAAUGUUCUGUAGUUUUUUAGAUAAACAUUUAGUCUCUCUACAAAUAUAUCAUGAAUACAUCUGUCGGUCUAACCUGUUGGUUUGUCUUUGCUUUGGUCAAACUGUGCGUGGUGAAUUAUUGGACAUGGCCUCUCGUCUUCCAGCUCCGACACACUGCCCGGUAAAUCCGCGUGAACCGGCGCUGCUACGGGGGCCCGUCCAGGUCGCAAGGACACUACAGAGUCCUCGGGACAUGAAGACCUGUUCGUCGGCUCCCAGGCACCUGAGGACAAAUAUAGAGCGAAUGAAAAAAAUCUGAAAAUCUGUUAUAAAUUUAGGUUAUAAAGAUUUUGUUAUAAAGCUCCUGGAUCCUGAAGAAAAAGACAAACUCUUUAUACGUGGAGAUAAAACCAAUAUGGUUGGAUGAGGGUGGAGAUGAACAGUUAAGGAGGUGAAUCUGCAGCUCACAGAUAAUGAAAACAUCUGGACAGAAGAUGGAGGAGGAGAUCGCUGCGACAUAAUGAAGGCAUGAGGCUCACUUUAAUAUAACCAGCUGAGCUCUGCAUGCAUGGAGCUGAAUACACACAUGCACAAAUGUAGAGGCAUGAAUUUGUUCAGUAGCAACAGUCGCUCUCUCACUGACAGUAAAGAUAUUUGUGCACAUGCUCAGUCUGUUGGCAUGUCUGUGCGCUCAAGAGUCUGGAGUUUUCAUGGCCUCAGAUCUCGGCCCAGACCCUGGCAGGAACAAUGUGUUACAGCUGCUUCACAACAGAUGCAGCCGAGCGGCGAAAAUACUUAAACCUGGUCGAGCCUCAAACGUCCUCCUGCCACACACGCCAUAAUCCCUCAGACUGACCUCCUCCACCAAAUAUGCAUAAAUCUGAUUUCUAUGAGCGCAGAGGUGUCUUUACCACCAUGAUGAUACAUUAAAGGUGUCGCAUGAACUCGUGUCUGAGGUUGUUUUUGUGUUUUAGACUCACAGUGUUUUCCUGCUGGAGCCACAGAGUGAUGUCGGCCCACUUUCUUUCCCAGGAAGGUCAGCGAGUAUCCGCUCUCCCCUCCAGAAGAGUUCAUAUACAUUCUGCUUCUGUAAAGUCAGCUGGCUUCUACUUCUGCAGUCGUGUCUGGUUUUUGUAGGAGAGCAUAUGCUGCAGGAUCUGUCCAAGAGAAAAAGGGUUAAAAAAAAUCACUGAAAAGAUCCUAAAAGGGACAAAAUCUUUACGUUUACAUUCAACAGAAAAACCCGCAACAUUGGAAACUGUGUGAUGAACUCUCGUUCAACUCCGCAUUAGCUGCAGAUGUCAGAAAGCUCACGCAGCAGAUUCACUCAGCGAGGGUAAUCCUUUUGUCAUCCUCGUCGAGCUUCUUUAAGCUUCGAGCUCCUCGACAGGAAAAACCAAGAAACGCUCAAUAUUUGAUCAUGUGUCUGUUCCUGUUUUCAAACUUCCCCGAUUUCACUAAUCGGACUUUUUACUCGACAGAUAAAAGAGGUAAUCCAGGAUCUUUGACUCAAAACUGUCUUUUGUAAAGAUUUAUCUCAGCAGCAUGAAAACUGAUUUCACAUGAAUUUAUUUACAUUCUUAUAGGAAACACUUAAAGAGUAGAAAAUGUAACAAAUUCAAUCUAAACAGAUCAUAUAAUUCAAAGUUGUUACCUGCUGUCCUUGUAGGCGGUCUGAUCCUGGUGCUGCUGGGUGCAGGUCUGUGUCCAUCCUGAUCUCUAAGGGGAACCAAACUCUCAACAGUGUUUAAAUAUUAAACCUGCAGAUGAAGUUUCAGCAGGUAAAGAGAUGCCCCAAACAGUCCUCAGGUUUCAGUGUGUGAGAUACAGAUUGUAAGUGGAUGCGCGCACACACACACACACACACACACACACACACACACACACUCAUGGUUAAUGGACACAGCCGUAUCACUCCCUCUGUUUUGUUUUUGUUUGUUUUCCUGGAGAUCUGACUCUGACUGUUAUUAUAGGAAUGAGGCUGAACCUACAUCCAGGUAAACCUUAUAUAGAAGGAGCUGUCAUGAUACGUCAGGAUAGAAGACACACUGAUAUUGUGCUAAAAAUAAACAUGCAUCACAGCUCAAUUAACCAAAACACUUAAUCUCUGCAUGUUUCUUUUUUAUCAAUAAACUCUUCAAAAUAAAACCACAAGCAUGCAGGACAGGUGGAUGUGAGUUUAAAGAUUUCCAUAAAUAUCAUUAUCUGAGACUUAAACCCGUUUCAUGGAUGUUGCUGCUGAUACCUGCUCCUGUCCUCCUUUGUUCAGUUGUUUUUGAUCGAACCCCUCUGUCAGGACUUCUAUAGACCACAUGGACCAUAAAACAUCAGUAUGGCAGCUUGAGCAUCUGUUCAACACACCUGACUCAGAGAGGGAUCCACACAUGAGGACACUUUAAUGAGAAAUCAGCUUUUCUUAAACUGGAAGUAAAUACUGUCCCGACUUUAUCCAACAGUUUUUACCUCCAGUUUUUAUUUUAGUUAAAAUAAGAGAUUUAAGUUUUUUUAGGUUAAACUGAGGGACAUCACGUCAUUACAGUUAUAACAGCUCUGGUUCUCACAGGAUGUUAUUUUAGUCACGUCUCAUUUCAAAACUUUUAAUCACGUCAUUUCAGGCCUGUAAGGUCUUGAAAGUCAGACUCACGCCUCCAGGAUGAUGACACAGCGAGACCGCAGUGAUGGUGUGUCAUUAAACCAACUCUUAACCACUCUGUGUGAAAACAGUACGCUCCGUUCAGGCUCGUUUGCAGCAGGUAGCGUCAGGUCUCGGUCUGUGCUGCCAUGGCAACCACCACACCUUAAAAGGAACUCCAGACCUCAUCCAACCUCGAGAAGUAUGACGGAGGAAUUCAUACUGGUUUUCUGGUGAGCGCAGACCUGGAGGGUUCAUGGAUUCAUCUGUCUUCGUUUCUGCAGGAGGAGCGAGAAGAGCGGCGAUGUCAACAGAAAGACUGAAAUUUAUUCUUUUAUAAAAAUCAAAACAUCUCGAUUUCUCAGGACUGGAUCCAGUCAGGAAGAAAAAAACAAACACCCGUCUGUGUGGAGCUUUAAAGCUCCUGUGAGGAACUCUCAGUUUGUGGUCCAAAAAUGCAGCUGUUUUAAGAUUUUUUAUUUAAAAUAUUUACAAUAACUAAAACAUUUGGAAAUCAGAAAUCAGCAGGAUGAGAUUUUUUUCUGAAGACAGACUUUAUUUAAGCAUUUUGAGGACAAGACGAGCAAAGAAGACGAUCAGGACAGUCUAAAUUCAGAGACCACACUAACAGCACAGAGACGAUUCUAAAGUGUGCUGGGGCCUCAGGCUAAAACUAUCGAGGGGCCCCUCUGACAAGAGUUAAACAUAUGAGUUAUCUGAAACCAAUAAAAGGGGGCGGAAACAGAAACUUUUAAAAAAACAAUUAUCAUUAAUGCUACAUAACUUGGAAAUAUUGUUCUAAAGUAGAAGCUCUGGAAUGUUUUUACACAAUAGCAGCAAUUCACCUUUGUUCUGAGAGUCUGUGUCUGAGACUUACUUCAGUAAAUGUUAAAUCUAAAUCUUAAAUAUAACAUUUAGAUUUUUUUUUUCAUGUCUACACAUUUUUACUGAAUAAAAGAACAUGCUGUUUAACAUGAAUUUCAGUCUCAAAUGAAAGAAAAACGAACUGAAUGUGAGAAAAGUGAGCUAAAUCUUCACAAAAUGUCGCUCAUAAAGCAGUGACUGAAUUUUUACAUUUGGCCCUCCAUAGAAAAAACACUGUCUGAAUUUUAAAGCAUUAACAGUUUAAGAGUUAGCUUAGUUAAGACACAACUUUCAUUAAUAGCGUCUCAUUAAAAUUGAAAGCUGUUGUCUGAGUUACCUGUUUUUACCUAACACCGGUGUUAUGGUUACUUUGGUGAAAUUUCAGUCUCGUACUUUACAAACACGCCUUUCUCUCUGUCCGCUAACCUCGCGAGACUGUGCGGGUGCGUGAACUCACGGUAACAGCGAGCGGGAAAAACUCAGGCUAACAUCUCCUGCUAAGCUAACACAGCGAACUAACUACCAAACAUUUCACAGCCAACUUUACACCAAACCUUUGACCUAAUUUCAGUGAAAGUGUUUGACAAACUUCACUAUCUGCUCCACUUACCGCUGUUUGUCUUUCUUUCCUCCUGAUCAGUCGCUUCACUUUGAUUGACACUUCAGUAAAGAUGGACGUCGGUCACGUAGCAGUGCGACAGGGAUCACAUGGGGUCCUUUUAGGGGGGGGUCCGUCUAAGAUGUCAUUGCAAUUCGACCUCUGAUCGUUGAAAUUGGUUAACAGACUGUAUUUAAUAACACUACAUAACAUUACAACAUUUAAGGACAUUUUUGUGGUGUAAGGUUCGUCAGCUCUUGGGGGGCCCCUAGUGGCCUGGUUUUAUUGGCGCUUGGCAACCAAGUUAAGGAGCAUUACCGCCACCUACUGGAUUGGAGAGUGGCAAAGAAAACUAGGCAGGUAAAAAAGCUAUAUGCCCAUCUACACACACACACACACACACACACACACACACACACACACACACACACAUAUAUAUAUAUACACAAUAAUUCAGUCUUCCUCAAAUACAUCCUUAAUGACUUGAAUACCCGAACAGAUUCUCUGCACUGAGAUCCAGAUUUUUGGCCCGAAGUAACUGCCUGCUUUGCCUGUUGACAAGCUCCGGUUCUGCACAUGCACGCUUUAUAUGAACUUUUAAAUGUGGUCAUUGUUGAACUGAUGUCUUGUCAAUAUUAAUUUUAGUCUCCCUCUCUCUAUGGGAAUCCCACAUGAUGUUCCACAAGCUGAUCUAAAGUAUAUUUUAAUGUUUACAGAAUUUUAUCUCAAUCUUCUGUCAUUUCUGAUUUUAUUUCUAGAGGCAUAGACAGGGACAGGGGUAACAAAUUAACCAUAGCUUUAAAAAAAAACACGUAUGCAUGGCAUCUACUUUGUAUACAUUAUGUUUAAUACAUUUCAUCAAAUAAACUUAGAUAAACAGACUGUCUUGUCCUCAGGGGGGCGCCACAUUUGACACACCAAAAGUUCCUCACAGGAGUUUCAAGUUAUGAUUUGACCAAAACUAGACGAAACUUUAAAAUCACGGUUUAUGAUAGCUUUAUAAACUCUGACAAUGAAAAAAGUUCAAUAAAUAUGUAAAUUUAAACAUUAUAAAUCCAUAUAUGUCUCUUUAGGACCAGGUUAGGACUCCUCGUCACACAGACACAAAAGCAGGAAGAGAAAAGGAGACUGUCGUUUUGGACUGACAGCUGAUAGUCUCUUAUGUAUGCAUGGAGCAGUCUUUGUGGUUCUUCAUGAGAUCCUUUCUAACAGCUACAACCUGAGAGUUCAUCCGCAUCUGUCUCUCAGUUCCGACCUCUUCUCUGACUUCCUUGUUUUACGCGCCGCCGCCGCGCCCUGACGCAGCGCCUUUACGCGCUGCUGUUUCAGGCAGCGGUUCAAUCCAAUAGCAGCUGUACAGCGGAGGAUGGGUGGGUCCGUUACUAGGUGGGGUUUAUCAUGAGUAUAAAUAAACUUCUCCGUCUCUAAGAGGUCCCUGGAAACUCAGUCAGACUAACUUUUCAGCUCCAGAGCCGCUCGGUAAGUUUCCUUUACUCUCUUUAGCAGAAAUCUCUGACUUUGACUCUGAAUCUCAGUUUGUGAGUUUGUUAAAGUUUGACAGAGAGGUGAUGAUGGUUUCAGUUCUCCUCUGUUGUAAUGUACUGAUGCAACCAGUGAGGGUGUGGUUGGGGAAAAGUGGCGACCAUUUAUGGAUUUAUGCAAGAAAGAAGUGAAGUGUUGAGUGGAUUUAUGAACAGUGAAGGGCCUGAAGAGCAGGUAAAAUGAGAGUAGAUGAUGUUUAAAUACAUUUUAAAACAGAAUAAAUGGACCUGAGUUGAACGUGGGUGUGGCAGACUGUCUCCACAUGCUCUCUAUCUUGUAAAACCACAAAAACAUAAACCCAGAGUAAACACCAGAGAGGACUGAGCUCUCCAAGAGUGGAUUAAGACCAAAACAUCUAUUCUUUCUGUUUUUGUGUGUUUUAUUGACGUUUAAGAGAUAAAAACUGAAGUAGAGAUAAGAGGAUGAAUAAAAAGAGGUCAGAUCACCUUUGACUUCCGAUAUGAAGAGUGUAUCCGGCUGAUUUAAUCAGUGUGCUCCUCUUUGUCACCUGAUACUGAGUCUUUUCUCUUCUUAUCUUUUUUCCCUUCUUUUCUUUUUCCCCCUCUUCUCUUCUCUUCUUUUACAUUUUAUUUUUCACAUAUUCUCUUGUCUUAUAUUUCCUUUUGUCUCCUCACAGACAGACCCCAGCAGUCCCACCAUGUCUUUCAUUGAAGCCCUCCUGCAGCAGACCGUCUACAUGGGCAUGCCCGAUGAGUCAGUACGUACUGUAACUUUGUGGUCUGCUCUGGUUGCUAAGGCCAACCACUCUGUGUUUUUUUCUCUGUUUUUUUUCUCUUCCUGUGGUAUGUUGGGGUGGAAAAAUCUAUCAGGCGGAGUUUAGAGUGAGAGAGAGAGAGAGAGAGAGAGAGGAAGAGAAUGAAUGAGCUGGAGGUUUGAAGGCAGAGGGAGUAAAGAGUGAGCGAGUGUCUCUGAGCAGAAAGAUAAAAUGCAAACAGUCAUUAAAGUGAACGGGAGGCUGAACUACAGUAACAGAUUAAGAGCGGAGGAUGAGCGGGUCGUGUUCGGCUCUGAGUCAUAGUAGCAGGAAUUUGAGCCCCUCCCAUUAUGAACUCUGCAAACAGAACCAAACGCUGCUUCUGCUUUCUCAAGACGACUUUGGAAAAGUUUCACAAGUUUGUUCUGCAGGAUUCCUGCUCCGACCUCUGCUCUUGAUUUGAAACUGAAGUGUAACAUCUGUAUCCUGUAGUAAGUGUGUAAUUUGGGGCUUUAAAAAGACACUGCAGUUGUAUUGAGGGAAACGACCUUCUGGAAAGUUCUCACAGGAAGGAAUAAAGUCUCCCAUACAUCUUCUUUUUAUGUCUAAAGCUGGAUGCAAACACUGUACAAGGCCAGACAUGAGCUCAGUAACAAACCAGCCUUUGAUGCAUGUAAGGCAUCUGAAACAUGCAGGUUUUCACUCAUGCACAUCCUUCAGCUGAGCUCAGAUAUUUACUAAACACACAUGAAUCUCUUAGGUCUCAAAGAACGAGGGGACGGUGACUGAAGCUCCUAACUUCUCAGCUGAUGGAGACGCUGCAGUCCUGGACAAAGCCAUCAAAGUGAAAGGUGAAGUGAAACACACCCACAGGGCGGCUCCGACACGUGUGUGAACAUGUCAUGUCUUUGCAAUGCACCUCCCUGAGGACUGCGUCAUAUCAGUCAGCUGUUAUCACUUUGCUGCCCUCUGCAGGCCACAACGCAACACUCCUCCUAGAAAGGUCUUAGUCAUGCACAUGCAAAGACAAAAACCGAGAAGUGAAUUUACUGAACAUCAGGGUCUGUGUGCAGGUGUGGAUGAGAAGACCAUCAUUGAAAUCCUGGUGAAAAGGAGCAACGCACAGAGACAGCAGAUCAAAGAGGCGUACCUGAGGGCCUGCGGCAAGGUAACCACGACGACAACAGGAAACUCAUCAUCAGGGACGCUGCUUUCUGGUGGUUUGUCACUUGUGAUGUUAACUCUGCUGCUGUGCUCCUCUAGCCUCUGGACGCGGCCCUGAAGAACGCUCUGAAGGGAGACCUGGAGGACGUGGUGUUGGCUCUGCUGAAAACUCCGGCCCAGUACGAUGCCCAGGUGCUCAAAGGGUCCAUGAAGGUACACACACACACACACACACACACACACACACACACGUAUCAUGGCCUCAUCAUCAUGUGUUAUUUUUGGGUGCACUCUGACAUCCGCCCACUUCCUGGUAUUCAUGCGGCGUUUUCCUAUCAGAGGAGAGAACGGCGAGUUUGUUUGAUUUGGACGAGUAAAGAGUUGAUCUGUUCCUGCUCUUAUCUGGGAAUCCUUUCUUUUUAGGGUCUUGGCACCGAUGAAGACACCCUGAUCGAGGUCAUGGUGUCCAAAACCAACAUUGAGAUGAUGGAUGUAAAGAAAGCCUACAAGGAAGGUGAGCGCCACCUAUCUUUGAGCAACAGUUAUGACUUCCUUUAGAAGAAGAGGUGAAGCGUGUAGAAGGAGCAGGUUUGAUGAUUUAAAAUGAGUUUUUCAUAUGUUGUGUUUUUGUCUUUACCAAGAAUACAAGAAGGACCUGGAGGACGACAUCAGAGGAGACACCAGCGGAGACUUCAGGUCUGCUCUCCUGGAACUGUGUAAGGUAAGGAGGCCUCAGCUGAGCGCCGUUAACUCAGGUGUUCAUCCCACGAGGCGUCAUGUUGGUGAUGUUGACAAACCACGAGAUCGCUGCAGGAUUAGAGAUUAUAAAAUUAUAAUUUACUCUAUAAAGAGACUUAAAAAAACACUUCAACUCAGCGACUGAAGUGUGAAGAAUGAGAGCCUGUAACCGGAGCAAAGGUCUGACGGAUAUAAGUGAUUCGUUUUAUCCUCAUUAUUAAGAUAAACUCAAAUUUGGGAGAAAUCCUCUGAGUAUGAGCGUGUACUCUAACCUGCUCGUUUUCACGGUUUUAUUACAGGAUAUUUAAGACGUCUGUUCUGUCCCUGGACCAGGAUACAUUAAAUCAAAGGCAACAUAACACUCCCAAAGGCGGCUUUACAGCAACAAUACUUUAUAAAAAAACAAACAAACUCACUCCCUCAUUACACACACGGGCCGACACCAGGACAAUCAACUUUUAUGACUUUUCAUCUCUGCAUCCUGUGAGGUCGAAUAUACAGAGCUCACACUCACAGCUGCAUCGAUAUAAGGAGAGACAUUAUUGAACAAAGCUGCAGAGUGUCGGUGCAGACGGUGUUUCUUUGUCCUGUUGUUUCUCAGUGCAUCAUUAAUAUUUUUGUUGUUUGACACUUUAAAGUUUUUGAAAAGUUUGAAAAAAUUAUGAAAACAGAAUUUAAACUCCGUAAAAAACAAACGAUUGUAACACUGUGCACGGUAAAUCAGAAACUGACCUUGUGACCCGUUAAAGAACCCGUCCACAACACCUCACUCUUCUUUUUCUGGUUGUUUUCAGCCCCUUUAAGUUCAUCUGUUCCUCUUCAUCACAGGCCAGCAGAACUGAGGGCGUGUGCGAGCAGAUGGUCGACAGCGACGCCCGCUCUCUCUACGAAGCCGGAGAGGGAAGGAAGGGCAAAGACUGCCACGUCUUCGUCGACAUCCUGACCUCCAGGAGCUCCGCACACCUCCGUGAAGGUCAGAGUAAAAUCUGUGUUAUUUUUCAGUGUGAGGUUCUAUCAGGAAUAAAACGUUUCAUCUCGUCGUCUUUCAGUAUUCGAGAGGUACAGGAAGUACAGCAAAGUGGACGUGGCCAAAGCCAUCGACCUGGAGAUGAAGGGAGAUAUCGAGAACUGUCUCACUGCUAUCGGUAAAAACCUUCCCCUCCUCUGACACCUCUAUCUGCGUCAGCAUUCACCCACAGAUAAAUGCAUGGACUGACUUUAAUCCUGUUUUAUAACCGCAGUGAAGUGUGCAGCAGGCCGUCCGACCUUCUUCGCUGAGAGGCUCCACCUGGCCCUGAAGGUGCAGUAUUAACAAACUGCUGCAGACCAUUAGAGGAUGCAUGCAUGGUCCUGUACUGACUGUUUUUAUUCUGCUCCCCAGGGAAAGAUUCCCAAAAAAGGAGUGACUCGCAUCAUGGUGAGCCGCUCUGAAAUCGACAUGAAACGCAUCAAAGAAGAAUACAAGAAGAACUACAGCAAAACCCUCUACCAGGAGAUUCUGGUGAGGAAACAUCUGACUCUUAAACAUCUGACAUUAGAGCCUCUCUAUGUUCACACGCUGUCCCUCUGUCCCUCAGGAUGACACCAAAGGAGACUACGAGAGGAUCCUGCUCGCUCUCUGUGGAGAAAACUAAAACCCGGUCCAAGAGAGCCACGCUUUUCUGAUUGAAGAUCCGGCAGCGAGUCCAGCUGUGGAAAACCACCUGUUAUCUCCUGACACGUAUCGUGCUCUGUGAGGACAACAGUCAGCCUGUGGUUAUAUUUAGUAAAUAUUCACAUUAUCCAGCUAAGAUUGGCUCACAGAUGUUUUCUCUUCAGGUUAUUCCAGCUCUCCUGUAUCAGUAUCAGUCCACAGUAUUCUCUGCAGCAGGUGGAGCUUCAUGCUCCUUCCUCGGGUUUUUGUUGUAUAUCUGGUCCUUGAAGAGAAACUGAAGUCACAGUGCAGCUGCCAACAGAUGUGUUAAAGAUUAUUAUGUGCCAAAUACAGUAUAAUGCAGAAGCAGCAUCAGAGCAACACGAGAAUCCUGCCAAUAAAAGCUGUUUGUACAAAAA